AUGUUUAGAAUACCGUCACUUCAGCGUCUAGUUCUCACAACAGCAUAUCUAGUGGGGACAGGUGUCUGCAACUUUGUGGGCGUCCAAUCUCUGCCAGAAGCAGGAUCACGGGCAGCUCGCCUGUCAUUGAUUAACCUCAUGUCUUUGUUCUUCUCUGGGGGCAACGAGUUUGGCGCACGCCUUCUCGGCGUGUCACUUGGGACGUAUGGAGCCUUUCAUCGGACUGUUGGGUUUGUCACUGUUAUUCAAGCCACCAUCCACGUUGUGAUCAUUGCGAAGACGAGAUCAAUUUCUGCAUCGGAUAACUUGCAGUUCUAUGGUAUCUUGCACACUCAUAUCAUGCAAAGCACUGAUGCCUGGGUGUAUCUUCGGGGGUGUGCCAUUGUUUUCAUUGUGUCGUUCGGAGCACAACUAAUCCGUAUACUCUUUCGAAACCUGGUUAUUGGGAGAAAAUGCACAAAGCUCACAUUGCAUACAUAUGGGGAAAACAUUGCGCGCUUGACGUUAACCCUUCCUCGGCCAUGGGGUGUGCGAGCUGGGGAGCGUGUUGUACUCAGCAUCCCUUCGAUCGGGCUAUUCUAUCUGGUGCAGUCGCACCCUUUUGCAAUUUGCUGGUGGGAAGACGAUGGCACCAAAAAAGCAGUUUCUGUCUCACUUCUUUUCCGGCCACGUUCCGGCUUUACCCGAAAGAUUCUCGAUCGUCUUGAGCAAGAUCGAGAAUAUACUGUAUGGAUUGACGGCCCGUUUGGUCCAGCAUCUAUCAGCUCAUAUGGCCUUUGCGGCCAUAUGGGAAACUAUGGCCAUGUUUUCAUGGUAGCUACCGGCAUCGGAAUUGCCGCACAGCUCCCCUACAUCAAGGAACUCUUAAAGCAAUAUCGCCAGGCGCGAAUUCGAACUCAAAGAAUCUCUCUUGUAUGGCAGUUAGAACAGGAAGGAGACUGGGAGAGUGUCCACGACUGGUUACAAGUACUAGUAAAGGAGGACGAGGGAUAUUUACUUAGUGUCACAAUCUACGAUGCCUUAAACCCAUCAUUAAAAGGAGGUCUGCAGCGUUUCGGGUAUCAUGACCUGAUCGAAGUCCAUGGUGGAGAACCGAACUGGGAGCAGCAGAUGUCGACUGAGAUGGAAAAGCAGAAAGGCAACAUGCUCGUAGCAGGUAGCCUUGACCAGUCACCUAUUAAAUCUAUCCAGCGCUAA